AUGGCCAGCAAAGGAGACGCCGCAGGACAGGCCUUUGGGCCAGUCCUAGCAGCGGUCGCUACUAUGCAAGGAAAUGUUCCGCGCACCGAAAAGGCUCAUGCUCAUGAGUUUCUUGAGAAAUUUCAGAAAUCCGUCGAGGCGUGGACUAUUACCCAUGAAAUGUUACAGUCGACCGACGUUCCCGUGGAGGCGAAAUUGUUCGCAGCAACAACAUUAAAGGGAAAGAUCAUAUUUGACCUAGACCAAUUGCCCGCAGAGUCCGUGGUUGGAUUGAGAGAUUCGGUUCUUAAUCUCCUGGUGGCUUUCGGUUCAGGGCCGCGACCUAUCCAAACCCAGCUUUGCGUGUGUCUAGCCAGUCUUGCUAUCCAGAUGAUCGAGUGGAAGGACGUUUUGGUUACUGUCGGCACUUCGCUAGGAAGCAACGCCGGUGACUGCGUGCUGGAGUUUCUCAGAAUCCUUCCGGAGGAAGUGACAGAAGGUCGCAAAAUCAAUUUAUCUGAAGAUGAACUCUCGUCGAGGACAAAAGAACUGCUGGAAGACAAUGCAGAGCAAGUCAUGCAUCUCUUGGUUCAAUACUCUCAAUCAUCCCCUGCGGCAUCUACGAACCCCCGCCUUCUCGAUUGUAUAACGUCCUGGAUGCGCGAGAUCCCGGCAUCGAAGAUUGUCGACUCACCUCUGAUGGACGUCAUUGUGAAGGCCCUGGAUGACGAUGCAUCAUUCGACGCUGCUGUUGACAGCAUGUGUACUCUAUACCGAGACACACGUGAAGUCGAUGACUCACUAGCCAUCAUCCAGGCCUUGUACCCACGCGUCAUGUCUCUCCGUCCCAAGAUCGCCGAAACCGCCGAAGCAGAGGAUACAGAAGCGUUCAGAGGUAUCACAAGGUUAUUUGCUGAGGCCGGUGAAGCAUGGGUGGUCCUGAUGGCGCGUCAGCCUGCACAGUUCCGCGAGCUAGUGGAAGCAGUGCUGGAAUGCUGUGCACGGGAUUGGGAGCGUGAUGUGAUUUCUAUCACCUUCAUCUUCUGGUACGAAUUGAAACAAUACGUCACACUGGAACGAUAUGCCGAGUCGCGUGCGGUCUAUGGCGAUAUUUUCUCAAAAUUGGUGGAUAUCAUGAUCAAGCAUCUUGAGUACCCGCGUCCCGAGGAAGGCGAAACCGAUCUUUUCGGGGGUGAUCGGGAGCAGGAAGAGAAGUUCCGACAGUUCCGACACGCGAUGGGAGACGUUCUCAAGGAUUGUUGUGUUGUCAUCGGAGUUACUGAAUGCUUGUCGAAGGCCUACCAGGUUAUCCAGCAAUGGAUCUCUCGGUACGCUUCGCAAUCAACGGAUGACCACGUUCCGAACUGGCAAGAGCUUGAAGCACCACUUUUCAGUCUGAGGGCCAUGGGCCGCAUGGUUGACCCGGAAGAAAAUGCAGUCUUACCGCAGGUCAUUCCCCUAAUCGUUCAAAUUCCAAACCAAGAGAAGGUCCGGUUCCAGGCUAUUAUGGCACUCGCACGCUACACAGAAUGGACAGCGCAGCAUCCCGAGACCCUUGAAGCACAGCUGAAUUAUGUCAUCUCGGGCUUCCAGCACAGCUCUGUGGAAGUCGUCCAGGCUUCUGCCCUGGCAUUCAAGUUCCUGGGAACAGAUUGUCAGAAACUCCUUGGAGGACAUAUUGCGCAGCUUCAUUCAUUCUACGAGUCUGUCAUUGACAGACUGAAGCCAAGCAGCCAAGAGGAGGUGACAGAAGGUGUUGCAGCUGUUGUUGCUGUGCAGCCAUUGGAGAAGAUAUAUGAGACUAUGAAGCUGUUCUGUGAUCCCCUCAUGUCUCGCAUUAUGAACCUGGCCAAUAACGCCAAAGACGAACAGGGCCAGCGAGCUGUUGCCGAUCACCUCCAGUUGAUCACGAUAUUUAUUCUGGUCGUGAAUCCUUUUGUUUCUCAAGGCCUGGAGAACCCAGCAGUGAAGUAUUGUGGUGAGAUCUUGCCUAUCACGACAACACUCGUCAUGAACUUCACGACAUCCACCCCAAUUCUGGAGCGCGUAUGUCGCUGCUGGAGAAAUAUGAUCAUCAGCUACAGAACCGCCAUGAGCCCUCUGCUCCCAACGCUUGCCCAGAGCCUUGCGAGCGGUUUCGAAGUAUCAAAGGAAGGGUGCUUCCUGUGGGCCACUGAUGCCGUCGUACGAGAAUUCUCUGAGGGCGCCGAAUAUGUUGACCCCGCAACAAGUCGAGCAGUGUUCCAAUUCUACGAGCAGCAAGCCACAGCUUUCCUCCGUAUUCUGAAUGACUUGCCACCAGAAAGCCUACCUGAUGUGAUUGAGGACUUCUUCCGUCUCUCCUCCGAUGCCGUCCGAUUCUAUCCCAAAGAAUGCCUCGCUUCCACUCUCUCAGUGCCGAUCUUCUCGGCUGCACUGAGCUCCCUUACCCUACAGCAAAUUGACCCUCUUAUGGCCACGCUGCACUACUACCACGAUCUCUUCAGUUUUGCUUUUGACAAGCCUGCCGUGUCGAGCUUCACCGCUCCGGAUGGAAAGGCUUACACCAACCCUCCGGAAAUACAGGAGGCCGUGAAGCGGCUGAUCGCGUCGCAAGGACAAGUCCUCGUACAACGUAUUCUCACCGGAAUGAUGUUUACAUUCCCAGGGGAAUGCUUCCCAGAUGCGUCAAGUCUGCUAAUGUCCAUGUUCGAAUUAAUGCCGCCAGAUACGGGUGGUUGGGUGCAGUCUACCCUGCAGAUGCUCCCCACGGGUACGAUGAAGCCGGGCGAAGCGGAACGACUACUAAAUGGAAUUUCCGAAAAGGUCCAGUCAGGAGAGACACGGAAGAUUCGCGUUCUCCUUCAAGAUUUCACCAACUCAUACCGCCGUCGGAACGUGGCGCCCAGGGAAGGUUUAGGCAGAUUGGAAGCCACGCGGUUCAGGUUUAGCGGGUAG